AUGGCAACCAAUUCCGAUUCUACAACAAGUUUAACAUCAGCAAUUGCAACUAGUUUAACAAUAACUGAUAACGAUCUUUCUGGUUUGAUUAAACAACAAGUCGAUCUUGUACGACAACUAAAAGAUGAAAACGCUUCAAAUGAACAAAUACAAGAAGCUGUAGACAAAUUACUCAGUUUAAUAAACGAGCUGGUUACUCCCCAAGCUGCUACUGGUGAGGAGGAAGAGGCAACCGAUGGUAAAAUACAACUUAAAACACCUCGGGGUACACGUGAUUAUAAACCUGCUCAUAUGAAAAUUCGUGAACAAGUUUUUAAAAUAAUUACUGAUUGUUUUAAACAACACGGGGCUGAAACAAUUGAUACACCAGUUAUGGAACUUCUUCAAAUUCUUACAGGAAAAUAUGGCGAAGAUGGUAAACUUAUUUAUGAAUUAAAAACUCAAGGUGGUACAGAAAAAUUAGCUUUACGUUAUGAUUUAACUGUACCAUUUGCACGCUAUAUUGCACAAAAUAGACUUGCAAAUAUGAAACGAUAUCACAUAGGAAAAGUUUAUCGACGUGAUAAUCCAAAAAUGACAAGAGGCCGUUAUCGAGAAUUUUAUCAAUGUGAUUUUGAUAUUGCCGGUAGUUAUGAUUCUAUGGUAGCUGAUGCAGAAUGUAUCAAAAUCGUUAUCGAAAUUCUCGAUAAACUUGAUGUAGGAUCAUAUAAAGUUUAUGUCAGUCACCGUAAAUUACUUGAUGCUAUUUUUGCUGUAUGUGGUGUUCCAGAUUCACACUUUCGUCCAAUAAGUUCAGCUGUUGAUAAACUCGAUAAAACACCAUGGGAUGAUGUUCGAAAAGAAAUGAUUGAUGAGAAAGGUUUAGCACCAGAAAUAGCCGAUAAAAUUUGGGGUUAUGUUCAAAUGCAUGGAAAUGCUGAUCUAGUAAGUAAUCUUCAAGCUGAUGCUCAAUUAACAGGUCAAGAAUCAGCGAAGGGCGCAUUGAAAGAGCUUGGUACACUCUUUCAUUAUUUAACAUUAUAUGGUGUUAUGGAUAAAGUUGUAUUUGAUUUGAAAUUAGCUCGUGGUUUAGAUUAUUAUACUGGUGUUAUUUUUGAAGCUGUUCUUACAAAAUAUCAAUAUAAUCCAGCAUUAGGUGAUGAUCAAAUGGCUGUUGGAAGCGUUGCUGGUGGUGGUCGAUAUGAUGAACUUAUUGGUAAACUUGAUCCAGGACAACAAGUGCCUUGUGUUGGUGCAAGUAUUGGUGUUGAGAGAAUAUUUGCAAUUAAAGAAAAUCAAAUGGCAGAAACAAAAAUUAAAAUAAAAACUAUUGAAACAGAAGUUUAUGUAGCAUCACCUCAAAAGAAUUUCGUUGAUGAACGCAUAAAAUUAUGUAGCUAUUUAUGGGCGAAUGGUUUUAAGGCUGAAAUGUCAUUCAAACUCGAUCCAAAAAUCCUUGAUCAAUUUCAAUAUUGUCAGGCACAUCAAGUUGAAUUAUGUGUAAUUAUUGGUGGAGCAGAAUUAGCAGCUGGAACAGUAAAAAUUCGUGAUGUUAUUACAAAAGAAGAAUUUGAAGUUCAACGUGAUCAAUUGGCCGAUCAAUUACGUUUUUAUCUUGAAAAAGUUCGACAACGAACAAUAGAAUGA